AUGGAUAUGGCAACUCUAAUAAAAGAAACUAUUCAGGGUUUGUUAAUUGAUGAUGCAUUUAUAACGUCAUUAGCGACGAAGGUCAACAGCAAGCUUGAACAAAAAAUGAAUGAAAUGAAAGAGGCGAUAAAACAUAUGGAGCAAAAAAACCUUAUAUUGGAAUUAAAAAUAAACAAAAUUCAACAAAAUGAGAAAAAUAAAAAUAUUUGUAUUUUUGGCAUAAAGGAAACAACGAAUGAAAACACCACAACAGUAGUGAAUAAUUUAAUAACAGAAAACCUAAACUUAACUCUAAAUGAAAACGCAAUUCUUAACACUUUUCGUACUGGCAAGAAAAACAACAAAAACGCUAGGCCAAUCAUUGUACAAUUCUCUACUGUAACAAUAAAACAAAACAUCCUGAAAAACAAGAAAUUACUCAAGGGUAAGAAGGCCUUUAUUAUGGAAGAUUUGACAAAAUUUAACCAGGAAAUUCUAAAAGAGGCCCAGGAAAAACUAGGAGGAAAAAAUGUUUGGUCACAAAAUGGUUGCAUUUUUACUGUUUUUGAAGAAAAACUUGUAAGGAUAGACAAUCUAGAGAAAAUCUCAAAAAUAAUGGAAAGUGGUAAAGAAGUAGAAAAUAAUGCUUGA